AUGUUUAAUACACAUAUCUAUGCGAAUAAGGACACUAGAUAUUUAUUUUAUUUUAUUCUUGUUAAUUUAUUGUUUAUGUUUGUAGAGUUGGCUUUUGGAAUAUAUAAUAAUUCGUUGGGAUUAAUUUCCGAUUCUGCACACAUGUUUUUUGAUUGUGCUGCUUUAAUUAUUGGUUUAUAUGGAUCAAUAAUGUCAAAAUGGAAGUCAAAUCACAUAUAUUCCUAUGGAUAUGUUAGAUAUGAAUAUUUAUCUGGAUUUAUUAAUGGAAUUUUACUUGUGUUUAUUUCGAUUUAUAUUUUAAUUGAAUCAAUUCAUAGGCUAAUUGAUCCGCCUAUUGUUCAUACUCAACAAUUGUUAUUAGUUUCGAUACUAGGAUUUGGUGUAAAUAUGUAUGGUGUAAUUUAUUUCCAUGAUCAACAUCAUUCCGAUGAAGGUGAUUCAUGUUCUCAUCAUCACCAUCAACAUGAUGAAAAUAUUUAUGGUGUCUAUCUUCACAUGAUUGCUGAUGCUCUGGGAAGUAUUGGUGUUAUUGUAUCAACAUUAAUUGUACAAUAUUUUGGAUGGUAUAUUGCUGAUCCAAUUUGUUCUUUAAUUAUUUCAAUUAUGAUUCUUUAUACUAGCUUCCCUUUAAUUUCUAAUUCUAGUAGAGUUUUACUUCAAAGAACACCUAUUCAAUACGAAUAUUCUAUUAAUGAAUGCAUUAAAGAAAUACUGGAUAUUGAUGGAGUUAUUAAUGUUAGUAAUCCACACUUUUGGGUUUUGAAAUCAAACUCAAAUGUAGGAAGUUUAAAGAUAUUAAUCAAUGUACAAAGUAGUGAAAAGGAAAUAUUAAAACAAGUAACAGAGAUUUUUAGAAAGAGUAAUUGUGAUUUUAAGGAUAUAAAUAUUGAAAUUGAGAAGGAUCCGCUUCAAAUUACAACUGAUAAGAAUCAAUAA